UAGACUUUGUAAAUUCGCACCUUCCUAGGUGUUAUAAUGAGCGUCCUGCAAGGCGGCGCGGCGCGGCGGCUGGGCCCGCGCGGCGCCGAGCGAGCGGCUCGGCUCGCACUCGCCCUCACGCCGCUCUCAUUCCUAUGCGUCGCGCUGGCAGCAGCGAACCGACCCCCAAUGAUGGCGCCCAUCGCUUGGCUGUGGGCUGGCCUCGUAUUGUUUGCGUUGUCGACGGCGUUCGCGGUGUCGUGCAUGACGUCGAUGGCGGCGGCGCAGUCGCCGAGCGAGUCGCGCGGCGCCGUGCUGGGCACCGUGCGCUCGCUCGGCGCAUUGGCGCGCGCCGCCGGCCCGCUUGUAGCUUCCACAGUAUACUGGUGUUCUGGUGCAACCACCACAUAUACAAUAGGUGGAAUUGUUCUUAUAAUCCCAGCUGUGAUGUUAUUUAAAUUAAAGACCAAGAAGUAGUAUUUACGGAAUAUUUUUACGACAUAUUAUUUGCUACUGCCUUAAUAAAGUAUUUAUUAUGAUCAACACAACAACUUCCAAUGAUGACUGAUAGUAUAAGAUCUACAAUCUACAUACGUUAAGAAUUAGGUUUAGGUCGUAAAUAUCCAGAAAUAUUAAUACGAUUCAAUGUAUUUUGCACACAAUUCCGAAAGAUCAUAUUCUUAUGAUAGUUAUAUUUAUUUGUUGUUUACUAUAUACAGAUUUAUCCGCUAGAAAUAUUAUAAUUAACCAAGUUAAACUAGGUAUAUUAAUUUCUAGAUACUUGUUUUAAAGAGAGAGAUUAUUACUAAAUUGCCAGACUUUACAGUAUUAAAUAAUUUGUUUAACAAUUCGGCACUGUAUUAAACAAUUUAAUUAUGUAUUAAGGAUUUAAAGUAUUUUGUAAAGCUAUUUAUUGAUUCGGAUGCCCUUUUUAUGAAGAUUUUUUAUUUAAUU